AUGAAAGCGGACGGAACAGAAUCUCCACAGAAGAUUCAAAGUAGCAGAUUCGAAAGUCCAGUUUCGUCGAGGUUUAAGCUCAGCUCAGGCAGAACACGCAAGUUCGUAGGGAAAAACGUAACCUCAGCUGUUUUGCAACAACGCCAGGCGCUCCGUGUGAUAGAGGAUGACGUUGACGUCACCCCGAAAUUACUGACCCAUCCAACUUACAGUUCAAUCGAUGAGAAACAAAUAACUGCAUUCGAAACAAUGGGCUUAUCACAGAUCAGCAGUGUUGGUACACUGUCCCUCAUCUCCGGUUUGAGUUUUGUAAAAAGAAGUUCUUCUAUGGUCGUGAGAACCUCAUCGGUUCCUUCCGGUUCAAUAGUGACCGAUGAUAUAUUGUUUGAAAGCUUAUUAUCCACUCAGACAGAUGAGUUUGUGUUUGAAGACGAAGAUACAGCUCCUCCUCAAUUUUAUCUACCUAGGGAAGAUCCAAAUAUUUUUCCAACUCGACUUGACACCGUGACGCUCACUUUAAGAGAAACAGAGACGUUCUUUAUCUUUGAGAUGCAACCUCGCACCGCAGAUUUACUCACGCCGGAGGGUAUAGCGGUUAAACAAGAGAACGAGAAUUACGAAUACAAAACAAUUGGACCUGGCUCGACUAGGAAAUUAGUAGAUGCCGAAACCCAAACCAUACAACUGCUGAUGAGAUCGCGAGGAACAUACUUUGAGAAAAAGUCACGUCGAAAUCGGGGCAUGUUCGUGAAUAAUUGGGAGAUGUACGACACUUAUCAGGCUCCUGAAUUAAUGCUUGAAAGAAAUGGUUUGCUCGUAGUGCAUAGAAAAGAAUCUAUACAAGAAAUGUUAGACGCAAUGGUUCGAACAAUUUUUAACACUUUUCAUAAAAAUCUCAUUGUUACUCGUGACAUUUGUAGACAUGCUUUGAAAACUAAACUACCAAAGCCAGAGACGUACGUGAAGAAGACCGAUCUAGAGGAGCAGAUAUAUAUAUUCCAGCACAUCAAUUUUCGGAAUGCCGUGCGAAUAAUGGAGCCCGUUGGAUACGGAGCACGAGUUAAUUCAGAUAUUAAAGACGGUCUGGUGUUACUCUGGUCUGCGAAGAAUCCUGGUGUACCGGCUCUUUGGUAUACUUUCAACAGCCCGGUCUCAGAUCUCGAUUGGAGUCGCGAACGACCGAAUUUACUUGCUAUCGGUUACUACAACGGCGAGAUCAAGGUAAUCGACGUGAGCAACCCAGAUCUCAACGUUGUACGACAGAGCGAAAAGGCCACGUCUUCCUCGGCUUCUCCGCAUUGGCAAGUUCAAUGGUGGCCAGGUGACGAGCAAUACGAAUACCAAGAACAGAUUUAUACGUGCAAUCAGGAUGGUUGCGUGUUCUGCUACCGAUACGUCGAAGAUUUCACUUCGUCGACGAUAAUGAAGAUUUACAGGAUAGAGGGAACGCUGCCGGGUGUCACCAGGACGGUCCCGUGUAACCAAUAUCAUACAUCAAUUAAUCGAAGUCCUGGAGCAUUAGUGCUACGGAAACAUCCUACUUUAAGCACCAUUUAUUUCGUUGGCACGGACGAAGGUUGCAUUUAUAAGUGCUCCACGAAUUAUUUAUAUCAGCAUAUAGACAGUUUUUUGGCGCACGAUGGACCAAUUUACUCGAUGAUGUUUUCUCCAUUCUGUCCAAAAAUUUUCUUAACGUGCGGCGCCGACUGGUGCAUUCGAAUCUGGGCUGAAGGACUGACAGAGCCACUAAUUACAUUGUCUACGACUAUGGCGUGCGUUCGAUACGCAGCUUGGUCUCCCAUCCAUUCUACAAUCGUAGUGAGCAUCGUCAACAACGAGAUUUGUAUAUGGGAUAUCAGACGGAAGACAUACAAGCCUGCGUCGGUGACAAUUUCACCUAAUAGCGAUAGGUUUGUUAUGGUUGAUUUUACGGCGAACGGUAAUCAACUUGUGGCAGCGGAUGUCAAGGGUGUUGUAUAUGUGAAUGCCGUUUCCGCCGUACAAUCAGGAACAGGUGUUGGUAGACUCGAUCGAGAAAGCUUUAAUUACGAAACCAAUACUUCUAAAGAAUUUAAAGAAACUUGGAUCACCGUUUGCUUGACAACAGCGUCGAAGAAACUAGAAUCAAAGUUACGCCGCCGCGUUGAAUCAAUCGUGCACUAUUUCGUCUACACUUUCGAUCAUGUUGACGUGCGGGAACGUGGUCAGUGUGAAGACUGCUUAAUAGCGUGGAACAUGUGCAACCAGGGAAUAGUGGCGAAGCUGAUGUUGCCGGGGCACGAGCUAUACUGUGACCACUCUGUUCUCGACGAAUCCUGA